AUGAUGCUCGACGAACUCGAUUACCUUCAGUCAACGAUUGUGGAUGCUCUGGAUACCAUCCGCCUCGAGAUCAAGGCUAACAACCUUCCCCAUCUCUCUCACUCAGCCACUACUCCCCAUCCACUAGACAGCGACAGCUUCGUAUGCCCUCCUAGAUUGUAUGAAGCUCGUAGAUUGGCCCUAGCCGCUAUGGUCAGCGCACUAUCUCAGUUCCGAGUCAAGGGUCAACUAAAGAACCUGCUCCAAGUCCCUUACGAGAAGGUCGUUGAGCAGUCUUGCGCCGUGUACGACACUGCCUGUCUUGACCUUCUGGUCCAGUCAGGCGUUCUUGAUAGACUUGCAGAGGAGUCUACGCUUGUCGAAGGGAUGAGCGUUCAGCAGCUACAAGAACAUUCUGGGAUCGAUUCUGGAAAGUUGAACACCGUUCUACGAUACCUCGCAGCACAGGGCUGGCUACGCGAACCAACAGAGGGCACUUAUGCCUUGACGCGCUCUGCCCUGGAGCUUCGAGUGGGAAAUAAUGGUAGGAAGUGGAUAAUGACGCCGGGAAAGCCGAAAGUUGCGUCUGCUCUGCAUGCACAACUCACCCAUCCCGAGUGGCGCUUCUCUAGGGCAGCCGAUCAAACUGCGUUCCAGAUCGCCAAUCAAACACCUCUCACGCUCUUCGCAUGGAUGAAGCAGAACCCCAGUGAACUCGUUCAGUGGGCCAGCUCUGUACAGUCACUUGGGAACGCUUAUCAUUCUGCAAUCACCAACGACAUACCAUGGGAUAAAUAUAACGGCAAUACAUUCAUCGACUGUGGUGGAGGUCAAGGCAACCUAUCCAUUUCGAUAGCUGAGAUACUUCCGAAGAGCUUCUUCGUCGUACAAGAUUUAGAAGAAGUUGUGCCCAUCGCGAAUGCCAACAUCGCGGCGCGGGCUCCCGAGACUCUGAAGUCAGGGCGUAUCACGACCGAAGCUCAUAACUUCUUCGAACCACAACCACGGUUCGGAAAGAAUCACGUCUACCUAUUUCGUUACAUCCUUCAUGACUGGCCGGACCAUGCCUGCAUCCGUAUUCUAGGCAACAUCGCUCGCGUCGCACGGCCUUGGGUAAGACUUGGCGUUUUUGUGGAUGGAAUGUCUCUGACGGUGGUUAUCAUGCAGAAAUGCAAAAUCAUCAUCAUUGACACGAUACAGGCGCCUUGCACAACCUCCGAUCCUUCGUCCUACGGCAGCCAGCUUAGAUCCUUGGAGGACGUAACCGAUACUGACCCCUACACGCCCAUCGCCGCCCCGCCAUUUAUUCCCAAGAAUUUUGGGGCAUGCGCAAAGAUGUCUCUGGCGCUGGGUGUCCAUAUGAUGGGGGUUUUCAACGCCCUUGAGCGAUCGUUUAGCGAAUGGAACGACCUCUUGACCAAGGCUGGUCUGCGCAUUGUCCAUGUCUACCCUCUUCGAGGUAUGGUGUCCGCCAUAGAGUGUGAGCCACUCGGCGAAGGAGAAGAGUAUAGUGAUGGUUCUAGCGGGACAGAAGCCGGCUCGAAUGAUGCAUGA